AUGAAAGGGAACCUAGAGCAUUUGCAAGCGGAACUGGUCGCGAUUCAACUGCGAAAGGAUCAGCAAUUAUGCAGAGAGAAGAAAGUACCUACUACUCUGGCUUUGCAGUUAUCAUCUGCUUCCAGUUCUCUGCUUGAUGAAAUAGCCUGGCAUCUCACCCCCAACCACGACGUAUCAAAAGCCUUGCGAUCCACAAGAUGCAACAGCAUCAUCAAGGGCAUCCAGACAUAUUUGAGCAAUCUCGAUAGGAUGGCAGGCGAUGAACAGACCAAAGAUAACAUCCACGUCCCCACAAAUAGUGAACUGGAAACGACCUUGAAAGUGUUGGAUUAUCUUCGGAAACACAAUUUGGUGUCGCAGACCACAUCGACAGAUCCUCUCUCUGAUAUAAUACGGACUGUCCAAGCAGAACUCUCAGUGGACAGCACCCUUCGCUCUGCGCAAAACAAAAUGUUUCAAAAAGACCAGAGCCCCAAAAACACCCAGACCAAGAAAAGAUGCUACAUCUGUCGCUAUCUUUUCCAUCGCGCUGAUGCUCAUGAACUUUACCCUUCAUUGUGUCGCCAAUGCGGCAUGUUCAACACAGGCUGCUCGCAGCGAUCGCUACCCGAACAGCUGAACCUGACUGGUAAAAUCGCUCUGGUUACCGGAGGCAGAAUCAAUCUUGGCCACUCAACCGCCUUGAGACUUCUACGCUGUGGAGCCAACGUCAUCGUUUCAUCUCGGUAUCCAGCCGACGCAGCCGCACGGUACGCAGCCCAGGAGGAUUUUCCGCAAUGGAGUGGAAGAUUAAAAGUCAUCGGUGCGGACUUCAGAACUGCAAACGAUGCUUUCCGUCUUGUGCAUAUUGUCAGGACAUUGCUAUCCAGUUGGAAUGGCGAGACAGUAUCUGAAGCCCGGCAAUAUCUCGAUAUUCUGAUCAACAACGCCGCACAAACCUUGACAGACCCUAUCAAAGCAGAAGUCAAAGCCAUUUCCAGAGAGGAAUAUCUGAAAGAAAAGCCUGAGACGAAGCUUCUGGUUGCCGGUCUCGACAGUCAAUACCAACCAAGGGUCCGCGGUGGACUGCAAGCAUCAUGGAUACCCAGUAUCGAGGGACAAAACCAGCUCCAGAUUGAAAACGGCAGUCCGGAGAAUGCUCUAUCCAAAGAUCAAGUACCCCAAAAGGGGCUUCGAACUACCGAACAAGAGCCCUCCGGUUCCUCAUGGGUUCAAACUCUGCACGAGAUACCCUACGAGGACCUGAUCAGCGCGCAUUCAGUCAACGCCUUUGUCCCACUGAUUCUGUGUCGUGAACUCCUGCCUUACAUGGGCACCGAGGACCCGAGCUCAGUUUCCAAGCCGCAGGGUUAUAUCGUGAAUGUUUCAUCGCGAGAAGGAAUUCUUGAAGACAUGCCUGGUUCACAGAGUAAGGCUGGUCAUCAUGUUCACACUAAUAUGUCCAAGGCUGCUAUCAAUAUGAUUACGGAGACGGAGGCACAGUCUGCGUGGAAGAAGCGACGGGUUGCUAUGAAUUCUGUGGAUCCUGGGUAUAUGAGUGCUGCGCCAGAGUGCCAGCGUGAGGAGGGGUGUCCUAUUGGGUUUGAGGAUGGUGCUGCGAGGGUACUUUGGCCCAUUGCUAUUGGGGAGAUUGAGGGGAGGGUUAUAAGCGGCAGGUUUAUGAAACACUUUCAGGAAGGUGUUGCACUUACACAUCGGGGAUAA